GACUAACACUUGCGACACCAACCUACCCAAAACCUCUCCAGCAUUUGGAAAUAAUUUGACUUCAAUUACUUUAUUGCCUGCUACACGUCUUUGACCCGAAAUUUUGUCUCGAGAUACCCCAAACUUUUCCGCAGAAUGACCUCGUACAAAAGCACCCCUCUAUUUGGCGGGGCUCUCAUCUGCGAUCUUCCAGCCAACUUCGCAGACGUCAGCACCUUGCGCCAAGUACCCGAUAACCAAGAAGUUUGGAUCGACAAGGAUGGCUUCACAAGCAUCAUCUUCGACAUUACCGAGCGCGUCGGCGGCAAGGGCAGCAGCCCCGAGCUCGAUGGUCGCGCCAUGACGACACACCUGGAGGAGAUGGUGGGAGACGAUGCCGACCGCGUCAAGGUCUGGAACACGACGCCGACGCAGUUCUCACGCUUAGAUGAGGAAAUACCCGCAUACACACUCAUCGCAACGCAAGCGCCGAAACCGAGUGCGGAAAAAGAGCGGACGGUGCCCGACUUCACGGCCAUCAUCAUGACGCUGGUGCGGCUCGAGCGCGAAAGCACUGAUAUGCUCAUCACCAUCAACGUACCGCAUAUCAAGGGCGAGUACAACGAGGAGGAAGUCGAUUUGGAGUUGGGAAGACAGGGUAAAUUGAUUGGGGACGCGGUAGAUUAUGCGGCCAAGAUCUGGGAGACCUUUAAGGUCAAAGAUUGGGGCCUGUUCGUGGAGGUGUAGAAGGGCGGAAGAGCAUGAGACAUUACGGUCCUUCGCGCUACCCCCAGGAACCGCGGUGGGAAGUCAAUGCAUGGCCUUGCCGGUGCUAUUCUAGGUGAAUGGUCUGGGUUACAGGGGUUGACAGCAUCAUUUCGUGCUUUCACGGUUAUGCUCGUUUCUCGCGCAAAGAGAGGAAGCUGGUUCGUGAGACAUAUUUACGUGGCGUUCUUUUUGGAUUGAAUAUGACGAGUAUGAAUGAAUGAAUGAAUCUCAGGCU